AUGGUGCUCCGACGCAUACCAGCCACGGUGGAAGCCGUCGCUGACUCUACAACAGCAUCGACGCCCCCCCCCCGCGUCAUCUGCCUCCUAUGCGAUGGGACCGGUGACAUGUUCGACGGCGACAACAGCAACGUCGUCAAGCUGUUCCAAGCCCUACGCAAGGACGACCCGCGCCAGCUCUGCUACUAUCAAUGCGGUGUCGGCACCUACACCUCAUCUGCCAAGAGCUCCUUGAAGACCGGCUUCUCUGCUGCCCUCGACAUGGCUAUCGGCUCUUCACUCGGCACACACGUCAAGGAGGCAUACCAAUUCCUGAUGCAGACGUACAGAGAGGGUGACAAGAUCAGCGUGCUGGGCUUCUCGAGGGGAGCAUACACGGCGCGAGCUCUCUGCGGUAUGCUCACCAAGGUCGGCUUGCUCCCCAGGCACAACAUCGCUCAGCUUCCCUUUGCAUACGAUUGGUACUGCGAUGAUAGCGCAUACGGAUGGCAGAUGAGCGCCGACUUCAAGCGUACCUUUUCCAUCGACGUCAACGUGCACUUCUUGGGUUGCUGGGACACGGUGGCCAGCGUGGGAGUCAUCCCUCGUAUCCUACCUCUAGCCAAGAGCGACAAUUCCUCCGUCGCCUUCUUUCGUCACGCUCUCGCCCUCGACGAGCGCCGAGCAAAAUUUAAGGCCAAUCACUGGUACCAACGCCAUCCAGCCAAGGCCAAGAAGGGAAGCACCCACGUCGAUUCGUCUGGCCGCGAGUCGAGCUACGGAGUGUACGGUACCUUUGAUCUUGAGGGGCUCUACGAUAACGCAGAGCAGGGUGCGCCGCCAGCGAAGACCACGAAAGCGCAGCAGUCGCAGCAGAUGAGCCCUUCUACGACCGAUCCCAGCUCGCUAGCCACGUCCAACUCGUCCACCACCCUCCGAGACGCGAAUACGGCUGAGGACCUCGGCGACUCUAAGCGCAAGGUGAAGAAGAGUCAGCGGCAAUUGAACCUGAUCAAGGAAUUCAAGGAGAAGGAUGCCAGGGAGUGGGGUCGUCCUCCGUUCCAGACUGACGUCGAGGAGGUCUGGUUUGCUGGCAGCCACGCAGAUGUAGGCGGCGGUGCUGUCCCCAACUCGGAGCGUCACCAAGCAUCACGCAUCCCGCUGCGCUGGAUGAUCCGCGAGACCUUCAAGUGCAAUACGGGCUUGCUCUACCGUACCGACGUCCUGGCAGAGCAUGGCCUCGACGUCGAGACGCUAUACCCCAAGGUGCUCCCCCGCAGCGAGCCUGCAGUUGGGCCAUCUCCCAAUUACCUCGAGAGGCAUGCGCGUGGCGACUUGCCUACUCUCGACUCCCGACGCUCAAUGGUACGCGGCGCGCACGAGGACUACUUUGACUCGAUUGCGUCGCUCAACGACCAGCUCAAGCAGGCCAAGGUGUGGUGGAUCCUCGAGCUGGCCUGGCCCAUCAAGUACCGUAUCCAGGACAAGGAGACGGGGAUAUGGCGUAAGAAGAUUGGGUUGAAUCGCGGGCGGUACCGUACUGUGAGGGAGACGGAGCCCAAGAUGCACUUUUCGGUGAGGCAGAGGGAGAGGUGGGCUAAGGAGGGAUACCGUGUCAAGGCGACGGCGGAUGAUGAGGCCAUCUGGCAGAUUGUCCACUGAGCUGCAUGUGUGGUGACGAUGGUGAUGCGCGCCCGUAUUCCCGCUGCUCCUCGAUACCACCGCGUAGCUUACAGUGAUCGCUGGGGAUUUGUUGCCCCUUGUUUAUCCCAUUCACAUCUCGCAGGACUGCUAUUGAUCCUGCAUCCUUCCCUUUUAAAUCGCAUCCCUGCUUCACCUCACACUCGCUACGGUCUGGCUGCGAGACCCAAACUUAGAGAUGG